AAGCAACAACAUGGCGGACGGUGAACACCUUACUGAUGCAGAGCUUGUUGCCGAGUUACAGCAGUUUGGGGAAAAGGUUCAGAUGCCAAUAAAAUAUAAUAAACGCCCCAUUCUUUUAAAAAAGUUAAAUCACUAUAGAGCCAGGAGCAAAGUGUCGCCUUCUAAAAUUCAACCAAAACUUAAUUCUAAGCAAGCCAAGACACAGUCGUCGUCGGCUGAUCGAUCAAAUAAUUCGUUUUUGAAUAUACCGGUAAACAAUCAGUUACCACCCCCAACUGCAUCUUUAGCAUCAGCACCUAGAGCCUCUCAUUCGUUUGGACUAGAGCGACCUGGUAGUUAUAAUCUUGGAACUUUAAGUUCAGAUGACAGUGAUGCUGAUACUGUUCCUAGUUCAUUUCCCCAUGGUUCACAGGCAAGUUCAAAUGAGUCAAAUCAUAUGAAUUUUAAAACCAGCAUUAGAGACACAUCUAGAAUCUCAAAUGUCUCAGACAAUGUUCUCAGAACAUUGAGACGACGGACUGCAGAAUUACCACCAAGACUUACACGAAGAACUCAAAUUUUUGAGCUAAGCCAUGAAAAUGGAGCUAAUGAGAGCAUCAAUGGUGGCAGUGAUGAUGAAAUUCCUGUUCCAUCGCCUGCAAGAUCAAGACUUUAUCCCAAUUUAAGUAAAUUGACAAGCUUUUCCUCAACUUCAAAUAUUGAACCGGACAAAUUUGAAUCAUCAGAUUCUGAUCUAGAUGGUAGUUCAUAUAUGGUUGAAAACAAAUCAUGCAACACGUCUUUUAAAAAUGUUAGCCGUGACUCUGACGCUAAUAAGGGACCAGGAACCAGCCAAAGCUUUGGAUAUCCUUCAUCAAGUUCAAGAAAUACUUCAUCUUUAUCUGAUUCUUCAUCGUUCCAUCAAAGGACCCUUCCACAUAGAAGAUAUGCUAAUGCACCUCAUAGAGUGCAGCAGUACAAGUCAAGAUGCAUAGAGCACUUGCCACAUUUGUUAGUGGCGAUAGCAGUUCUCUUCUUUGUAGGAUUAUCAGUCACUUAUAUUGUGAUACACAAAGACUACUUCUUCUCUUGGUUUUCUUCACCAAAUUAUAUGGGUAAGGUAUGAAUUAAACUUUAUAAAAAAAUACAAAGUAGGCCUACAGCAGACAUCUUCGUCUUCAUAUUUUAAGUUUAAGAGAGUUUAGAUAGGCACCCAAAUAACCAUUGGGGAGAAUGUUAGGUCAGCUUUUCUUUUUUCUCAUUAAGAUAAUUUUUAUAAACCGAAAUAAUAAUUGAAUGGCAGGGCUCCCACACAGUCAGGAGAACUGGACUUAGUUGGAAAUUCAUAAAUAAUGGUCAAGAAAACUGGGAAAAUGCCAGGGCAUGCUAGAGUCUCUAGUAGAGAGGAGAUUUUCCUGACAGUCAGGAAUUUUCUAAUUUUUAAAAAAUAAUAAUAAAUUUGGAUGUUAUGAAGAUUGACAAUAAUUACAGAUCUCAUCUAUUUUUUAGCCCUCUUGUUAUGAAAAGAACUUUGCGGCUUAAUCUGUGCAUGAUGAACCUUCAAUUAUUUACCGAAUUAUUGUAUACAGAAUACAAGAAUAGAGUUAUAUAAUAGCUACUUUCAUUGCAGAUUGGGGAAGAGCAAAAACUUAAAAACUUAAUUUACGACAAAAAAGACCUUUGAUGCAACUUAGUGCAAAAAAAAACAUAAUCAAUGUCAUGAAUAACAAUAGGAUCUAUUUUACCUGUUUUGGAAGUGUAAAGUUGUAAAGCUGUAUUUUGUUGACUAGUUGAUCAUUGAUGGUAUAAUGCUUUUUAUCAAUGAAUUGACUUUUUGAAAAUCUAGAUGGUUUUAAAAUGAAGUGAUUAUACGCAGUCGGCUGCGUAUAACCCUGAGAGUUAUACGCAGACGGCAAGUCACGUGAGGUCUAUAUACUUCCUGUGUUACUGUAUCGAUUGAUAAAGGUAUAUCGUUAUCAGGGUGACUGGGUGGUCGAAUGGUAUAAACUGAGCGAACCUCAAAUUGGUGGUCUGGAGUUCAGUUCCACCCAAAGGCCAGUCAAGAAUGUAUAAUACGUGUUAGUUGUCAUGUUUGUUCUCGAGAAUAAAGCAAAAACAGCUAGGCUUAUUGUUUUACUUUUGUUUUGGCUAAAAAAUCUUAAAACAUGAUACGAAUUAACUUGACCAAUGUAACGUUAACAAUGUUAUUCUUAUACUUAUAAUUAUCAUAAUAUAUGCUUGUGUUGUUAACUAAUUUUGUGGCAAAUAAAAAAAUGUUUCUCUGGUACAGUAAUUAUAAUCAAGGGUGGAGAGGAGCAGAAAAAAAUAGAUGUUGGGGCAUUGGGUUCUGUAGAGGGAGAACACAGUUAUAGUUUUGCAUGGAUGCUGAAAACUGUUAAAUUUAGGUCACCAAAAAAAAAAUAUAAAUGAUAUAAUUUUUUUUAAAUAAAUAGAAUGUAUUUCCUGAAUUAGCCAGUAAAACCAACCACAUAGUCAUAGUAUGGCAAUAUAAAAACCUAAUCAAUCAGAAUACAGAACUAGACUUAAACCAUGGAAAUGCCUUAUGGCAUAAUCAUCUUCUUAGUCUUAGACUCUAAAAUUAUAAUAUAUAAGAUACAAACAAUAAUACUAAUAAUAGCACUAAUACUAUUACUAUCAUUCGGUAUUAUUAAAAUUAAUUCAAUUAAAAUUUUACGUUAAACACAUUAAAAGUUAUAGUUCAAAACAACCCAUAAUGCAGCUAAUAACGCAUAAUACUUUUUUUAAAGUGCCAAACUAGUGGUAAUAAACAUUAUUUGGCUAAAUUCCCAACGGACUGCGUAUAACCCUGAGCGUUAUACGCAGUUGGCUGGGAAUAACUCUUAGGGUUAUGCGCAGCCGACUGCGUAAAACGCUUCCCGUUUUAAAAUGACUUUUUGAUGUUUUUAUACAUUUUAUCAGAUUUGUGCAAGACUCUAGACUUGUCGAUUUUUACUGGUCAUUUGUAGUUUUCAGUCAUUAUUGUUGACACAAUGACAUGGAUGCCACAUAAACAUAACUACACAACAAUAAUUUCUAUGCUACGAUUACUUCAAUAUUUUGAUAUGUUGUAACAAACCUUAAAAUAAAUUUAAUUUGUUACUGUUUGUAUGUAUUCCUUAUUUGGGUAUGUCUCGACAACGCGUAACAUGAUGUGCCACAUGUUUCUUGGGUGUUCAAAUCAAUUCUUUAACUUGCAAAGAUUUUUAAGUAGAAGGGCAGUGCAUUCAAAUCCAGAUUUUAAAAAAAAUUGCCUAGUUCUUAUUAAGAAUAUGAUGAUGACUUGUGCUUAGUAUCAUGUAGAUAAGGUUAUCCUUGCAUUAAGAGCACAAUUUUUGUUGCUUUACAGAUCUUAAACUGAUUUAGUGGUAAAACGACUUAUAUUUUGAAUGGGAAUUUGAAGUAACAAGUAUCUGACUUGUUAUUCUUGUGUCAUAAGCCUUAAUGAAUAUUUUUUUUUUUCAGGUUCAGAUGACAUAUUACUUCAGUGUCUUGAUGGAGAUUACUCAGAGUCAGAGGUGAUAAUUAAUUUAACAAAACCAUCAAUUUACAUAAAAAUUCUUUAAAUUUUUCUCUUUUUCUUUUAUUGUUUAUAUGAGCCAUAUAUUGCUCAGGCUUUCGUUUAACAUUUUACAAUGUACAAAAAUAUUUGUAUAAUCUGUAAAAAGCAUAUUUCCAAGAUGUACAGUAAUUUUUUUGUAUUUUACAAAUAAGGCUUCCCCAAAAAUGUGGAAAAAAAGUUUGUCUUAAAAUGUAUGUCCAUGAAGCCCAUUUUUAAAAAAACUCAGUGGAUAGAAAGGGGUGUGCCAAAAAUAUUUUACACCAACACACAUUGGCACCUCACUAGGAAAGAAUAAAAAUGCCAUAAGAAGAGGAUGGAAAGCUAAUUGCGAGUACUUACUUGAAUUUAGUUUCCCUUUUGCUAAAUCCAUGAGUAUGUUUAGCUCUGUUUUUUAUCACUAUAAUUUUUUUCUGUGUUGCCAAAUUCUCCAGUUUAAUCAUGUGUUUUAAUUGCAUUAGAAAUUCUGCUGGGUUUUUUUUUUCUUUAAUUAAUGAAUUCAUAAAUCUUCCUUAUUAUGUCUGAGGUAACCUGGCAGUGCAGUACUUUUUUUUUUUUGAAUUUCUGUUUAAAUAAGAUAAAAUUCCUGUAUUCCCAAAACCAUUAAAUAAUCGUUUAAAAAUGAAUUAAUUGUAAAAAAUAAUAUUGCAGAUAAUUAUUUCAUGAUAACACAAUAACACAAAAAUAUAACAUUGUAGCCAAAUUUAUCAUGUAUUGUUUUUUUAUUUGAAAGAAUGCUUCACUUACCAACUUUUUUCUAUUGUUAUUUUUAAAGGAUUGCUAUGAAAAAGAAGAAAUUGACAUUGCACUUGAUGUCAUCAAAGGAUUGUUCACUCAACUGAGUGUCAGAAAAGGUAAGCGAGGAAAUAUGUUUCAUGCGAUCAGUAAAAUUACUUAGUCUUAGUGUUAUCCAACAUAAUUACAUUGUGUGUAUAAUUUAUUUAAUGUCAGAAUAAGAAAACAAAAAAAGUAAAAGCAGGACUUUAAAAAAAUCAGAAUUUUCUGUUACUCUGUUAGGUAUUUUGUAAAGAAUCUUGGAUACAAUACGGUACUAAUUUAUGCAGGUGUAAUAAAGAAAUAGCUAUUUUUAUAUCUUUGAGCCUAUGAGAGUUCUUUACUCACUUUAAAAUAUAAUUCUGUAUAGGUGAAGUACUUUGUAAUUUUGUCAAGUCAGAAGCCACGCUAAAAGCAACAGUUCUACGAACUCAAAUUAUGAGCAAGUAUGCACAGAAGGUGAGUUUUUAUUGAUUUCUUCAAAGCCAAUCAAAUAUGAGAUUAUGUCAAAUGUGAUUUCUGGAUUUUAAAUUUCUUUUUUUUUUUUUAACUAUUUUGAAAAAGUUUAAGCAUCUAGAGAGCAUUUCUUCAGCUUCUGUUUUAAAUAAAUGAAUUCAUUUUUCUAUCAAUUCUGUCGCCUGAUUUUAAUAGACAUUUGUGUUUUUAUGUUGUAAUUUAAUUUCUUUGGGGAUUUCAGUAUUGUUUACAUCAUAAUGUUUGAUUUAAUUAGUUCAUCUAAAUAAAGUUCAGUAAUGUCUACAUAUCUAAAUAAAGCAUUUCAGUUUUGUUGACAUCAUAAUGUUUGAUUUAAUUAGUUCAUCUAAAUAAAGUUCAGUAAUGUCUACAUAUCUAAAUAAAGCAUUUCAGUUUUGUUGACAUCAUAAUGUUUGAUUUAAUUAGUUCAUCUAAAUAAAGUUCAGUAAUGUCUACAUAUCUAAAUAAAGCAUUUCAGUUUUGUUGACAUCAUAAUGUUUGAUUUAAUUAGUUCAUCUAAAUAAAGUUCAGUAAUGUCUACAUAUCUAAAUAAAGCAUUUCAGUUUUGUUGACAUCAUAAUGUUUGAUUUAAUUAGUUCAUCUAAAUAAAGUUCAGUUAUGUCUACAUAUCUAAAUAAAGCAUUUCAGUUUUGUUGACAUCAUAAUGUUUGAUUUAAUUAGUUCAUCUAAAUAAAGUUCAGUAAUGUCUACAUAUCUAAAUAAAGCAUUUCAGUAUUGUUGACAUAAUAAUGUUUGAGUCAAUUAGUUCAUCUAAAUAAAGUUCAGUAAUGUCUACAUAUCUAAAUAAAGCAUUUCAGUAUUGUUGACAUAAUAAUGUUUGAGUCAAUUAGUUCAUCUAAAUAAAGUUCAGUAAUGUCUACAUAUCUAAAUAAAGCAUUUCAGUUUUGUUGACAUAAUAAUGUUUGAUUUAAUUAGUUCAUCUAAAUAAAGUUCAGUAAUGUCUACAUAUCUAAAUAAAGCAUUUCAGUAUUGUUUACAUAUCUCAGUGGAGCUGUUCAGUUGUAUUCACAUAUCUAUGUUUCAAAAUAAAGCAAGUCUGUAUUGUCUCGUUAUCUACUUUAAUUAUUUAUUCUAAAUAAUGCAGUUCCCACAUUAUGUGUAGUAUAAAUUAAAGGAGUGUGUUUUAUGAUUUCCUUUUUUCUUACAGAAUGUUGAAAGAAUUUUUAAUUGCAGCCUGGAUCAUAUCUUGGUCAAUCCUCAUUGGAAUAUAAAGUAGGAUUAAUUUACAUGAAGUUUGUUAAUGAUCAGCAUUGAUUCAUGGAAUCAUCUAUAAUUUUUAAAACAGAAUGUUAACUUCAAAAAGUUUAUCCAUAAGACUAUAAUGUGACUUUGUCUGUAUGUUUCUUUUAAUCAUUGACAACAGAUAGGUAAAGUUUGAUGAUAACUAAUACUUAUACUGAACUCAUUUUUUCAUAUAUAUUUUUCUAGAGUUCUGCAAGAUAACGGAUCUGAAGCUGAUAAAAAGUCAGAUAUUUAUUUCCUGGAGUCAAGUGUGGCAUCAAUGACACUGUGGUGUCGCCUGGUUAGAUCUUUAAAUCAAGUUCUGUAUGGGAUAUUUGUUGUCAUUACUGGUUGGUCAACUUUUUCAAAUUUUCCUUUAAAUUCUUUGUCCUAUUAACUAUUGGCGACGUCUAACUUAAAUUUUUAUUUUUAAAGUCGUGUCAAUUUAGAUCUAUAUUUAGAUUUAUUGGUGGAUCAAGUUAGAUCUAUAUUUAGAUUUAUGGGUGGAUCAAUUUAGAUCUAUAAUUUACUUACCUCUGUGUUUUGAAUGUUCAUUUUUGUGAUUGACUUUUAAAGCAUUAAAAUAUAGCGUGAAUUUUACAAAAUUAGUAUAUAAUAUAUCUUAAUGUUUUUUUAACAAUGGAGUUUUUUGUCACUUUGGAAAAGGCUGAAUUUUGAUGAUGUUUAUUAUUUUAAAUAAUAGCCAUUGUCUUUUCAUCGAAAUUUCAGUCAUUGGAAUCAUCUUCCUGCUAUCUGUUUACAUCCAAUACAAGCUCAGGCGACGAGAGAACGAACAGAAAGAAGUUUACAAUAUGGUUGAAAAAAUCAUUGGUAAGUCAAGAAUGAAUAGUUUUGAAAUUAGAUUUGAUUUAUUUUACAUUAAUUAAAUGAUAACUGAAAUUCCAGAUAUCAGUUGUGAAACCUAUAUAUGGUUGUUAAAUUUAUUGUAACUUUUCAUCCUGUGUGUGUGAUUAAAGGUGAUGAUAGUUAUCUAAAUCUUAAUACUAAGUCAACUGUCAACUCUUACUGCCACCCUCUUCGCAAUGAAGUAUCAAGUACAAUUUUACACACUAUGCACUUUAAUUCCAUGAAAUACAAAUAACUAAUCCUUUGAACAAUAAUAAUAACAUCAGUAACAUAACAGGAUAAAUGGCUCCAAGUAUAUAUAUAUGAUCACUCCUUAUUCAUACAUUAAAAUCUAUGCCCACCUUCUUCAAAAUGUCUGCUCUUGUCCACACUUCCAUCUCAUACAAAAUCUUCCUACCAAUUAACAAAGUCCCCUAGCUUCAUGCUACCAUCAAAUAUCCUUCUGCUCAGUCUUUUGUGUGCAAAAAUCAUGAAUGUCAUGUAUAAACGCAAGUUUUGCAGUUUUUUUUUUUUUCAUUUUUGUAAAAACCAGACUUAUAAAUAAUAUUUAACAAACAGACUUAAAAACUAAUCAAUAUACAGUGAUGGCGCCCUACAGGUUCUUAAAAAUAUGAACGCUUAACAAAACAUUUGAUGAAUUAUAAGAAAAUUGAAAAUAAAUAAACAGAAUAUGCUCCAAAAGACCACAUACUAUUUGUAAAUUUUGGGAUCUGAGUAUAAUGUAAAAAAACAGGUACUCGCUUCGUGUGUGUAACAUCUUGAAUAUUACCACCUAAAAUAAUAACAGCAGCUUGGAAUGGUAUAUGUUACAUGUAUUCUUCUAUAAAUAUCAAUCAACAAGUUUUUGUAAAUUCUGAUUGCAGUUUCAUAACUGAUUAUAACAUUGGUCAAGGGUAGAUCCAAACUAUUAAAUGAGAGCUGCUCUGACUGUCCUAACAAUUCUAAAUAUAUUUAUUUCAACUGCUGCUAUUGAUCUUAAGAAGUGUCAAUCUGACCUUAUUAUGUGGUACAGCUGGGAAUGCAUUGUAAAAAAAAAAUAAUAAUAAUAACUCAUUUGCCAUAAGAAAAGGUAUUAGUGUACCCACUUUAAAUACAUUGGGUAGAAAAGUCUUUUGUUGCGUUUAAAUACAUUGGGUAGAAAAGUCUUUUGUUGUCUUUAAAUACAUUGGGUAGAAAAGUCUUUUGUUGCGUUCAAAUACAUAUUGUAGAAAAGUCUUUUGUUGCCUUUAAAUACAUUGGGUAGAAAAGUAUUUUGUUGCGUUUAAAAUAGAAUAAAAUUUAAUGUUAAUACUUGGGGUAGCUAUAUUAUAAGGGUAGCCAGUUGGUGGGACCAAUAUUUACUAGUGUAGAUAUUUUUAAGGUAAAUAAUUCUUUAAUUCGCAUGGGUUAACUUUCUAGGUAUUCUGUUGAAUGUUGUAUUUAAUAGCCAUUUACUUAAUCCGUUACACAUAUUGAUGGCUUAGUUUUAUGUUCAGCAUUACUUAUAUGUUGAAUGAAUUGCUUGAUAAAUGAUAAUAAUCAGUAGAGGACAUUGGGACAAGUCAUUUCCAUGUGUACUAGAGUUGCAUUCAUUUCUUAUCAACACUUCAAUUUAUUAUUUAUUAAACAAUUUUAAUUUUAAUGAAAAUGUUUGGUAAUGAAACUAUUUGGAUAUUAUUCUGUCAAUAUUUAAAAAUAAGUGCAGCAUGUCAAAUGUAAUUUAAUGAUGAUUUUAAAAAAACAACAGAAUUCCAUUCUGAUUUCCAGACAUGUUACAAGAACACCAUGAACAAGUCAAGGCGGAAGAUUUUGAUGAGCCGCCAUAUCUUGCUGUAACACAUGUCAGAGAUCAAUUGCUGCCUCCCUCACAACGGUACAUAGAAAUAAUAUGUAAACUUCAUUAAUAGUUUUACUAAUGCUUUUGGUUCUUUAUAAAUUUUAUUAAACACCUGAAAUCUAUUUGUUCAAUGCAAUGUACAUGCGAAGAUUAGUUUUCACACUAUAAAUCACUGUUAAUGUUCUGAUAACAAAAGCUGUCAACUAUUAUAGUCACUCAAAGUAAAACACAAAAUAGCUGGUGAUUUAUUAUUGAAUUUUUUUUCUUUUAGACGCCAGCUCCAGCCAAUCUGGGAUAAAGCCGUAGCUUUUAUUGCUGCCAAUGAGUCUAGGAUACGUCUAGAACCACGGCUAAUAGGUGGGGAGGAAUAUGAAGUCUGGCACUGGUUGCAGGUGGGUUGGUAGAAUAUGAAGUCUGGCACUGGUUGUGCCGGUGGGUUGGUAGAAUAUGAAGUAUGGCAUUGGUUGUGCAGGUGGGCUAGUAGAAUAUGAAGUAUGGCAUUGGUACUGCUGGUGGGUUGGUAGAAUAUGAAGUCAGGUACUGGUUGUGCCGGUGGGUUGGUAGAAUAUGAAGUAUGGCAUUGGUUGUGCAGAUCAUCAUCAGUGGCGCUACAGCCCAUGUAGGGCCCUGGCCUGCUCACCACAUCCUUCCAUUCGGAACGAUCCAUGGCUUUCCGCCUCCAUGCACGAACCCCCAACUGGUGUAUAUCCAUUUUCGCAUCAUCGAUCGAUUUCAACCUUGGGCGACCCCUAGUCUGAGUCGUCUGCCCUUAGGCUUCUGCCUUUAUAUAACUUUUGCUGCUCUACAUUCCGGCAUCCAUUCAACUUGUCCUGCCCAGCGUAGUCUGCCUUUUUUUAAAUCAUUGUGACUAUGGGUGGGUCUUUCUUUGUACAAAUGGUUAAGUUCUUGGUUUGUACGAAUUCUCCAGAUAUCAUUUUCUAUCAUUAGGCCGUAUAUCUUUAGGAGGAUUUUCCUCUCCCAUUGUGCUCGUUUAUAGUUGCCCCUAGUUAUUUGAAUGUAGCCGCCACUCUCAAAUUUGUGGUUGUUAAUAUGGAUGUUAUCAUCAGCUUGGGAGUUUCUUGACAUUAUCAUAUAUUUUGUCUUCGGUUCAUUUAUAUCAAGACCAGCUUUGACAGAGGCAUUUUCAAGUUCCCUGAAUGCUUUAAUUAUGUCAUUACGGUUUCUACCCAGUAGCGCUAUAUCGUCUGCAUAUGCCACAUACUGCAAUGGUUGGCUUUAUAAGGUUCCUGAUGGUCGUUGUUCUGUAAUACCUCUCUGGAAGUAGUUUGUUAUGGUUCCACUGGUGCUCACGUUUAUGCUUCUAUUAACUUUUUCUAGCGUGAUGUUAAACAGGAUACAUGAUGGUGAGUCUCCUUGUCUGACGUCCCGAUUAAAUGGGAACUCCCUUGAGUAUUCUCCCUGCUCCUUGAUUCUACUUUUGUAGAUGGCCAUUGUCAAAUGUAUGAGUAUGAGCCGAGUAAGCUUGUUUGUUCUUGUAGAGCAUUGUAUAAGUAAUUCCAGUUUACGCUAUCGUAUGCUGUUUUGUAAUACAGUUGGUGUAUGUUGAUGUUAUAUUUGUAACAUUUCUCCAGGAGAAUUCUUAUAGUAAAAAUAUGAUCUGUGGUUGACCUGCUCUGCCGGAAUCCGCAUUGAUAGUCCCCUAGGAUCUGUUCACUAUUCUUUUCCAGUUUUCUCGCUAUGUUUUGUGAGGAUUUUGUACAUUACAUUAAGAAGGGAGAUUCCUCUAUAGUUUGAGCAGAUGAACUUAGAUCAUUUUUAGUGAAUUCUUAUUAUGAGUGCCGUGUCCCAUUCAAUUGGCAUUUCUUCCUCCUGCCAGAUUCUGGAUAUAAGUUCAUGUAUUUGGCUAUGCAGUUCGUUGCCACCUAGCUUUAUCAGUUCUGCAGAGAUAAGGUCUAUUCCUGAGGCUUUGUUAUUUUUCAUGGUGGAGAUUACAUCUUUUAUUUCAUUUAAUGCUGGUUGGUUGACCAGUAGGUCCGGUCCUCCUUGUGGUGGAUCGUAAUCCUCAUUAGUUCCUCCACCUGAGCCAUUCAGUAAGCCUUCAAAGUGUUGCGCCCAUCUCUUUAGUACUUUACUGCUCUCUGUGAUCAAUUCUCCAUCCGUACUUUCACAUAUGUGGGAUCUUGCUUGAUAGCCAUUCUUUUCCUGCUUUAUCUUCAGGUACAUUCCCCUCACAUCUCUUUCUUUUGCCAACUCUUCUAUCUCUACUAUUUUUUAUUUUUCCCAAACACGGUUUUUUCAUUCUGCAAAUUUUUCUGGCCACCCUUCUUGCUUAAUUAUGUAAUUGCCCUGUUAUUCUUGUCUCCCUUUGCAACAUCAUUAGCAGAGCUUUAUUUCUUUUUCUAUAAGUUCUUUGCAUUCUGCAUCAUACCAUCCUGAUCUUUUCACUACUGGUUUAAAUCCAAUCAUUUCCUCUGUUACACUUGUGACUGUUUGCUUCAUCUUUUCCCAUUGCUGGUUUAUAUCAACAUUGCUGGCUGAUUCUCUUUUGGAUAAUUCUAGUAGAGUUUCAAUCUUCUGUUGAUAUUCCUCCGUAAUUUUUGGGUCCCUACUCAAUUUCUGACUAUUGUACUGUUCUUCUCUUUUAUAUUGUUUAUUGUGGAUGUUACAGAUUCUUUGUUUAUAUUUGAUUCUAACGAGUAUAUGGUCUGAGUCUAUGUCCGCCCCUCUACAACUUUGCACAUCUAAUGUCAGAGCCAUGCCUCCUGUCAAUAAUGGUCUAUUUGAUUACGGGUAAAUCCAUCUGGAGAUAUCCAUAUCGCUUUAUGUAUUUGUUUAUGUUGGAAUAUUGUGCUACUGAUGGUUGUGCAGGUGGUUUGGUAGAAUAUGAAGUCUGGCACUGGUCGCAGGUUGGUUGGUUGAACAGGGGGAAUAUCAUGUUUUUGCUUGGAGUGUUUAGGACAGCACCAGUUAACAUGAACUAAUUUUGGCAAAACUUGCCCAUUUGCUAUUUAGCAGCUCGAGUGAGCCAACUGUCUAGUUAAGGUCUACUCUACUUCAUUUUGAUGACAGUGUAUGCGGCAUGGUAAUCCAAAUCUUGAACUGAUUGUUUAAAUGGGGCCAUGAUGUCAUGUUAGUUAAUGUGUCAAAUUGUACCUGCAAUCUUUUAUUAAAUUUCACUAUUUAUCAAAUUUAAGAAAAAACAUUUCUUUUUCUUCAUUUUUCAGCCAAGUGUAAAUAAUGGUAAAAUAUGGCAAGGUCAAGGUAAGUCUGCAACAAUACUGUUUAUUUUCUAGAAUAAUUUUUUUGGCCAUUCCUAUUUCACACGGUACUUAAACAAUUGAAGAGCAUCUGCCAGGACUCGAUCACCCAUCAUGUGAACAGCAUUAGAAAUUGCAUGAGUAUCUAUUGGUCUUUUGUGUUGCUUUCAGUCUUUGGUGAGAAGAGUGAAAACAACUCUAAUCAAGUCAUCUACAGCCCAACGCCAUGCCUCAAAAUUCGAAAUAUGUUCGAUACCAAUAUGUAAGUAAUUUUUUAAAAUAUCGAAUGGUCAAGCCAUUCUUUUUUUCAAUUAGCUAUUACGUAUGAUAAAAAUUGAGUGUCAAGAGGAUUUGAUAUGUGACGGUAUGCUUGGCUUUAUUUAAACCAAGUAUAAAAAAAAUAAUAUGUGUCAUUUAAAUAACAAAAGCUAAAGUCAAGAGAACCCAGCCGCCUGUAUAAGAAAACAGUUUCUCAAAAUAAAUUGGACACUUGGUACAAUUGUGCAACCAGAAAAAUGAAACAAUUUUAUUUUUAUAAUAAACGCACCCUGCCUAACCUAGUUUUUGUUUACCCCCUUUCAAAUGCAAAUAAUCAAAGGAGCAUAACUCCAUUUCGAAAUUUUAAAAAGUCGUUUUGAAGUUCUAAUAAUGUGACCAAAUUGGAGUGAUGCUGAUAAAAACUGGAUGUAGUGGAGAAAUCAUUCCAUUAUAAUCUCUGAAGUUCAACACCUGAACAUGUCUUCAUGUUUACUGCCUUCACCAUGCCCAUCGUUGUAAGCUGCUUGCAUCCACGUCAGCUGCUUUCAUCCACAUCAGCAGCUUGCAUCCAAGUCAGCUGCUUGGAUCCACAUCAGCUGCUUGCAUCCACAUGAGCUGUUUGCAUCCACAACUGAUAAAGUUAUCUUUAAUCAUAAGUUCAACAACAUAAAUCUCUUUGAUAAUUUCACCCUCAUCUGGCUCAAUAAACUUCUCAAUAGCUUUGAAAAACUACGCUCAACUAAAAAUUCUUGCCUGCCAGUCACAGAAGAAGAUCAAAGCAAUAAAGUUAUUUCUUUGCUCAUUCCCGACAUAGUGCUACUUCUGUACUUAAGUUAUAGUCCAGGGAAAGGGAUGUUACUCUGUUUUGCAAUUGAUGUAAAAUAUUUCUUAGCUGAUAAAUAUUAAUUAGUAUUAAAGAAUUAAGGAUAAAUGCAUCCAGAAAUCAAUAAGGUUUUAUCAAAUUAUAACAAACCAGGUGCAAUUUAAAAAAAUAGAUUUUUUUUUUUGCACCUUAGAUGAAGACAUGCUAGAAUUAGAGGCACUAUAGAUUGAAAGUAAAAGACAAGAUAAAAACUUUUUGUUUUUUAAGUUAAAUCCUGCAGAAUCACACCUCCACAAGAUUUCAUUGCUAUUUUAAAAUCAAAAUGAGAGAGGUGUGCCGCUAUGCUCUGGGACGCAUCUGUCCAAUGCAUGUAGUCGCAACCCUCUGGAAUGAGUUAAAGUUGCCAUGUGCUUGAUGUGCAGUAAACUUUAGAAGUCGUGCUGUUUGGGUGUUCGUUAUUAUCAUUGUGUUUGUUGGUAUGAUUAGGGUGUUUGAUAUUAUCAUGGUGUUUGUUGGUAUGAACAAGGAGUAUAAUACAGCAAAAGCUGGUACACGUCAGUACAGGAAGUAGCUUGUAUGAAUUAAGGAGGUCGGUGAACAUUACGAUAGGCAGGAACGUGUUAAAGUUGAUAUCAAUGUAUUACAUCCACAUGAUACAACAGUGAAUAUUAUCCUCAAAUAGGGAGAGUGGUGAGAAUUGGGAGAGCAGUGUUACGGAUGCCAUCUUGGAGAAGUGUAAAAACAUCAAGCACAUAGUUCAUAUAUAUGUUGAUGUCGACUCAAGGGAAGGCUGUGUUUACCUUAAGUGUUCAAGCUGUGAGGCUGCUGGCAAGGCCAGGCAAUCCUUACAUGGCUGGUGGUUUGAUGGUGAGUACAAUGCAAACACAGAUAGAAAUCUGUCAUGAAUUUUAGGUGAUUUUUCAAUUGCUCCCAAUUAUAAUGAUAUAUUAUCACUGUAACUUUAAAUGAAGUUUGUGAAAUAUGAGAUUUAAACAAAUAUCAUUAUUAUGAAAGAUCAGGGGUCUCCCCACAUCCUCUAAAAUUAGUUACAAAAUUAAAUUACUAGAAGAUGCAUUUAAAUGCUGCCUCAUUGGCCUUGAAACCCUUUCUGUGGUGUCAUUAAAAUUACAAAUGAUUCAAUGUGUAUUGGUUAUGGGGAACUCACUCUAUACAAAUGAGUUUAUUUCUUAUUUACGUUUCUAUCAGUGUGUUAACAAGCUUUUAUCAGGACUUUUUGGUGGGAUUAAUUGGGUGGGAAGUUUGCUCAAUUUUGUUUACUGCUGUAUUGUACUGCUGUACUGAGGCUGGAGAGGGUCACCCUCUCCAUUGCAAAAUCCACACAGAAUUUAUUUAUUGAAAUUAUUUGAAAUGGAUUAAAUUGAAAGCAAUGAUUUCACAGUUGAAAAAAAUUGAUUUGCAUAGAACAACUUGUCAAGAAGUGAACAUAGUAUUCAAAGAUAACUAACAUAGUAUUCAAAGAUAACUCAACAUAGUCUUCAAAGAUAACUCAACAUAGUAUUCAAAGAUUGGCCAUUUAGUUUACCAUUUAUUGCUAAAGAAUAAUUUUUUUUAAAUUCUUCUAAGUUUACACAGGGAUUUGAACAUUAGAAAAGCAAGAGGGAGGGAUUGACCAAUGGUAGAUAAGCCUAUUACACAGAUAGCAUCCUGUAGAAAAAUGAUAUUGAAGUAUUCCAAAAGUUUAUUCAACUAUUUUUCAAAUACCAUUUAAGAAGAAUUUAGAACACACAAAAGUCCCUCUCCCUCCAAAGUGUUCCCUCUGGUCGAUUGCACCCUCCGCACUCCCAGGGUUUGACAAUGUGUUAUAGUCACCUUGAAACUUAAACUGCACACCAUUUACAAAUCCUUGCACACCUGGAGUGACAUGAAUGCAAGAUCUAUAGUUGGAAAUAUUUAGUCAAAUAAUUGAAUACUAUGACAAGGAACUUUAUCUUCGCUUUCCAUUUUUGACUGUUUUCAGGUCGCCUGGUUACAGUCAAACACCUGAAAUUGGAUCACUACCACAAGCGUUGGCCUGAUGCAAAGCAUGCUACCGUCCCUUUGAAACCUUCAACGGAUCAGAUGAAAUCUCUAUCCCAGCCCUACUAUCGAUCGUCUUUGGAAAUGACGUAAAUGUAACAUUUAUUUGUAAAUGUUUCAGUUUUGGGUUUUUAAAAAGUCAUGCUAGUGUUUUUUAUCACAGACGGUGAAGAUUUUUAUGUCAUUAUGCCCGGUCUAGAAUCACGUGUCUAACUCCUCCCCUUCAUUUAUGGAGAUGAUUAUCUACCCUUUCAUUUAUACAGAUAGAUUAUUCUUGAUCUAUUAUGCCAUUCUGUUGACAUUUUAUUUUGUAGAUUUGGAUUCGCUAAAAGCUUCUAAAGCAGAUUUUAUUGUAAAGACUGUUUGUCAUCUGGUGGACCUUCUUAUCGUUCAUCUGUUGGACCUUGUUAUCAUCUGAUGGACCUUGUUGUUGAAAGAAGAACAUUGAUAAUAGCAGUAGUAUUUGUUUCUAAGCUGGUGCGAUUGUUUGCAGCCAUGUUCAAAUAACUCGAAGAAAUCGUCUCCCUUUCACAUUACGACAACUGCUUACUUUUAAUUGUUUCAAUCUGUAAUACAAGAAUUAUUGUCGUUGAUUUUAUUGUCAAUUGAUCUCCCCUAAAGUGUAAGCUGUUCUAUUGGUCUCCCUUGAAAAGUAAGCUGUUCGGAAAUUCUCCAUUGCAUUGGUCACCCUUGAAAAUUCAGCCGAAGUUCUCCAUUGCAUUGGUCUCCCUUGAAAAGUCAGCUGUUCCGAAGUUCUCCAUUGCAUUCAUCUCUUUAAACAUUAGAAAUGAAAAACAUUAAAAUUAAACUCUACAAAGCCAAAGUAUCUGAAAUAAGACCAUGUUAACUUUGGCAACUGGCUUUACUCUCUUGAGCACAAUCCACUUUGGCUUUACUCUCUUGAGCACAAUCCACUUAAGAAAUGAUAGAAUUAGAUCCCCUUUGUUCACUAUUUGGCUCAUGUACAGUUUGAUCAACUUGAUGUACAAUAAAAUUCAGAACUUGACAUCUGUGUCAUACAUUUUAUCUAUUUCUGUAUGUUGUUGUCUUAUCAUUAAUGAAUCAUUAAGACAACAGAGAUGUGUGAGCUAUAAGUAUAAUAUUGUGUGUCCAAUACAAGAUAUUUCUUCUAAAUAAAACUUUGAUAUUAUUAAGAUCUCUGUGCCUGUCCUAUUCUGUCAUAGGAACAGAACAGGGAGGAAACAGGAACAGAAGUUUAACAUAGGUUUGUACAGACUCAAUAGCUAGUCUGUACGACAAAAAUAGUGUACCUUACACAAGUUGAGAGAAUGCUUAUGUAUGGACUUAGUGUUGCCAUCUUUGUUGUUGGGUCUAGGGUAAAUCUCUCUAGAUCUUGUCAGACUGGUGUUUUUUCUAAUCCCGCUGUUGCUCUAAAGUGUUAUAUGGCAUGUUGAGCUCAGCCGCUCCAACUGUGUUUGUUCAACUCUUAAGGAUUGUUGAUGUAAAUACGAUUGUUGGGUUUCAACACUCUUAGUUAUUGCCCUUUUUAUUCUUCUUGACACUUACCGCAGUAAGAUCAUAGUUAUUGCCCUUUGUAUUCUUCUUGACACUUACCACAGUAAGAUCAUACAGAACUUCAUUAUUAAAUGGCAUUUGUGCAUUUUCCCUUGUAAAUAGGAAAAUUAUAUCUUUUGCUUCAACUUGUGUAUGAUAUAUUCAUUGAUAUUAGCCGAACUUAAAAGGAGUGUUGCUACUCUAUUUAAUAUUAUGAAAGAUGAUUAUUUAGCACCUGGUGGCCAAUCCUCAGGCUGCAUGCCGGGCGUUAAAUAUUGUGUCCCGUCAGGUUUCGAAUGUAUAAAAACUAAAAAUUUUCCAUCUUCAUUCAACUUAAAGCUACUUUUCCUUCUUGUUUAAAAGGCACAUAAUUUUAAAUUAAUUAAAUUGAUAAAAAAAGAAAGAAACAGUAAUAUUUCAAUAAAUCUGUACAAUUUAUAUUUUACACAUUUAUUUAAAAAAUGUAUGAAUUACCCUAGGUCAGACUAUAUCUUUUCCUAUUCCAUACCCUAAAAGAGUGCUACAACUGAGGUAUGUGUGCACCAUCACUACUGCUCAUGUAGACUUUGUGACAGGUGUGUGUGAAAAGUGUAGAUGUGUUUUUAUCGGGUAAUUGUUUUGUCAACAUUUAUGGGCUUAUGAAUUGGUUUUUUUUAAAUUAGAAAGUGUCAAGCUAAGAAUGCUACACAUUUCAGUUUGUUGAAUAGCUCCAAUACCAGGAAUAUAUAUUUUUUAAAUAUGCAUAUUAAAAGUAAA